GCAACUGUUUAUAUUAUAAAAUUUCUGUAAAAGUGAUGGCCCGAUUUGGUCUUUUUUCUUCUUAUUCUUAUUUAUAAUUUUGUGAGACUCGGAGGUUUGGUGUGGUAUUUAAGGUUCGUCAAAUCAAGAUAACGACGGAGCGUGCCCCCCCCCCCUUUCAUUCUUGAUACGUGCAGUGCCCUACAUGUAAAUAUGUCGGUAAACUGUGCCAGCGAUAUCAGCAACAGCUACGUCAUCAACCGCGAUCAGACAAGUCUCGCAGAUGACCCGCGUCACAACUACCGCGAUGGACGCAGCGAUUCAGGAGGAAAUUACAUCAUCUUAAGCUGAUUUACGUCAUACAUAUAAUCUAGCCUUUCCGCGUAAAUGUCUUAGAAUGUUGAAGACAAACAUUCGAUAUUUCUUUCGUUUUUAAACUCAAGAUAAAUACUGUUACUGUUAAGCAGAGAGCGUAAGAAGAUGUGAUUCAGCAAUGUAAUCUUUCACUCGUCCAUAUGCACCCCUUAUCAAUGCUCGUAACCUACAGGCAUGAAUCUAACAAACAUGGACCCAAAGAGCGGAUGUCCUCUCACAGAGGAAAGCCUGCUGGCCACACUCUCUCCCGAGGACCGUAGCCGCCUACUGUCCGACAACCUCACCGGGAAAUGGUGGUACAAGGGCUGGGCCACGUUACUGAAAUGUUACCGCGAGGACGAAGAUUUGACCAUGGCGGGGCGAAUGAUCAUCGAAACUAGAUGGACAGAGGUCCUCCAGAACCGGCUGGCCAUUGCCGGGAAACUGCCUCUCGUUGACGUAUCUAAGUGUCCAAUAAAUAGACCUAUUUUCAUCAUCGGACCAUGCCGCACUGGGACGACUUUCCUGCUGAAUCUUCUGUAUCAGGAUCCCAACAAUACCUCCCCCAGGUACUACGAGACGAUGCAUCCGGUGGUAGAAAAACCCACAGCAAGGGAGGAUCCCCGCGUGGAGGCAGAACGCAAAGCCUUAACCGAGAUGUACGAGGCAGUCCCAAAGGUCAAGGCCAUGCAUAAUAUCGUGGCAGACAACCCCUACGAGUGUUUCCGUCUGAUGGACAAUUGUGGGAUAUUCAAGGCGAAUACUUUGUUGACCAACCACCCAGAAGAGUAUCUAGCCUGGCUCAAUUCACUGACCGAGGAAGAAAAGGAAGACGCGUACCGUUUUCAUAAAUUGCAGAUUCAGCUCAUUCUCCUCUCCCGGGGUUCGGAUGACAUUAACAAGCAACUAGUUUUCAAAGAGUCAACCCACAGUCUCUAUCUGGCCGCCAUUUUGAAAGUGUAUCCCGACGCCACCUUCAUCCACACUUACCGCGACCCUUGCGAAGCCAUUGCUUCUCUUUGCUCAAUCGCGGAGUCGUUCAAAGGGCUUGGAUACGAUCCGGUGAACCUGGACUUGAAAAAGCUCGGUGAGAAUAUGGUAUCUAUCCCACUGUUCCACAGCGGGUUCAACAUGAUGGCAUUCAGAAAGUCGCAUCCCGAAGAAGAACACCGCUUCUGUGAUAUUGCCUAUAGUGAUAUUGUCGCAGACCCCUUGAAUGUCGUGAAGAGAAUCUACGACCGCUUCGGACUGGAAUUAACCGCAGAAGGAGAAGCCAUCAUGACGGCUUACAUCAAAAACAAUCCACAAAACAAAUAUGGCCAACAUCAGCAUUCUUUAGAGCGAUAUCAACUGACAAAGGAAUAUAUUCUUGAGUAUUUCAAAGAGUACAUAGAGUUUUCUGAAGUUAGGUGUUGAGUAGAACAAAUAUUGUGCUAUUUCUUUCAUAUUACGUUAUUACAUUAUAUUUACUGCAGCCCUAGCACUUUGAUUUUUUAUUAAAAAAGAAAACAAACAAAACAAAACAAAAAGAAAAAAAAACAAGUAGGUAGAAAAUAACAUUCGAAUAGUUUGUUACAGUUUUCGGUCGGACUAGAUGGUAAGAUUUUGAUUAAACUGUUGCACUUUCAUGAAAACUAAUGUAUUUGGACGCUUAUCAGACCAAAAGAUUUACCUCGAUGUUAAAAGAACCCAUACAAUCUUGAUAAUAUACAUGGGUAUCAAUAACUUGAUUUAUUUGUAUCAUUCCAUUGGAAUCUUUUUAGCUUUUGUACUAAUGUUUAGCACCAUGCAUGUUGAUAAUAAAUUCAUUGAUUCCUCCUCGUAUUAUUUUUAAUUUUUCACCCUUUAUAUUAAUAUUUAUUAGUUCAAUUUGCACGUAAUCAGAAAAAAAAACAACAUCAGAAAUUGAGAUUGUUGACUGGCAUUUAAUUAAUUUGAAAUAAC